AUGUCGUCCCAUAUCACCAGCAGCGCCUCUUCCCAGGGCCCCUCCGGAGGCGUAGCCCUGAAGGAUCUUCCCAAGUCAUGGAACUUUACGGCCAAUCUGCCUGCCGACUCUGCGUUUCCAAGCCCAGCGAUAUCACAUAAGACACCGAGAGAUGAUCUAGGCCCUCGGAUGGUCAAGGGUGCCCUGUUUACUUGGGUUCGCCCUGAGGAAGCGGUGGACCCUGAGCUACUCGGGGUCAGUACCGAGGCCCUGAGAGACCUUGGCAUAAAGCCUGAGGAAGCACAGACAGACGAGUUCCGCCAGCUUGUUGCUGGUAAUAGGCUACUUGGGUGGAACGAAGACAAGCAAGAAGGGGGAUACCCCUGGGCACAAUGUUAUGGAGGCUGGCAAUUCGGAUCCUGGGCCGGUCAACUCGGUGACGGCCGCGCCAUCUCUCUAUUCGAGACGACAAACCCCGAUACGAAGACUAGAUACGAGUUACAACUGAAGGGGGCUGGGAUGACGCCAUACUCGCGCUUCGCGGAUGGCAAAGCAGUACUGCGCUCGUCUAUCCGUGAAUUCGUCGUCUCUGAAGCCCUUAACGCCCUUCGCAUUCCAACCACCCGUGCCCUGUCUCUCACCCUCCUCCCACACUCCAAGGUCCGCCGCGAAAGGACCGAACCUGGGGCAAUCGUAACAAGGUUUGCACAAUCGUGGCUACGCAUCGGUACAUUCGACCUCCUCCGCGCCCGUGGCGACAGAGACCUCGUCCGCAAGCUCGCCGAUUAUACGGCUGAACAUGUCUUCAGCGGGUGGAGUUCACUUCCCGCUCGCCUUCCCGAUGACCAACAAGAUACCGCAGAACCCCCAUCUACCCCCGUCGAAAAAGACACUAUCGACGGUCCCACUGGGUUGGAGGAAAACCGAUACGCCAGGCUCUACCGUGAGAUAACUCGCCGCAACGCCAAGACCGUUGCAGCGUGGCAGGCUUAUGCCUUCACCAACGGCGUCCUCAACACCGACAACACAUCCCUCAUGGGCCUCUCCCUCGACUUUGGCCCCUUCGCCUUCCUCGACACCUUCGACCCUAACUACACCCCCAACCACGACGACGGCAUGCUACGCUACUCCUACCGCAACCAGCCCACCAUCAUCUGGUGGAACCUCGUGCGCCUCGGCGAAACCCUCGGCGAGCUAAUCGGCGCCGGCGCCGGCGUUGACGCUGCCGAAUUCGUUGAGAAAGGUGUCAGGCAGGAAGGCGCUGACGAGCUCGUCUCGCGCGCCGAGGGGCUCAUCACACGUACUGGUGAAGAGUACAAGGCGGUCUUCCUGGAAGAGUACAAGCGACUCAUGACGGCGCGCCUGGGACUCAAGGUUCACAAGCCCGAUGACUUCGAAACGCUGUUUAGCGAGCUACUAGAUACGAUGGAGGCGCUGAAGUUGGAUUUUAAUCAGUUCUUCCGCAGGCUGAGUGGGGUGAGCAUUAAAGAGAUUGAGACCGAGGAGGCUAGGAAGGAGAAGGCUGGGUUGUUCUUCCAUAAGGAAGGGGUGGUUGGGGAUGAGGCUGUGGCGAGGGAGCGUGUUGGCGCGUGGUUGGAUAAGUGGCGUACGAGAGUUGUAGAGGACUGGGGCGCACAGGAAGUUACAGCGCAGGCAGAGGAAGAGAGGCAGGCGGCUAUGAAGGCUGUGAACCCGAAUUUCAUCCCGCGAUCGUGGAUCCUGGACGAGGUCAUCCGGCGCGUGGAGAAGGAUGGGGAGAGGGAUGUACUGGGGCGCGUGAUGAAGAUGGCGCUGAACCCCUUCGAAGAGACGUGGGGAGGAGACCGAGAGGAGGAGGAGAGAUGGGACAAAAAGGGCGACACAGCGCUGUUAACUGCAGCAAAAAAAGGGAAUAAGGAGAUGGUGACUUUACUCCUUGAGAGCAACACCGACAUUGACAUAAGCACAAGAAACAAGUAUAACCAGUCGCCGCUCACUGUCGCUAUCGAAGAAAAGUACUGGAAUAUUGUGAAGCUAUUACUGAAGGAGAGGGGUAGGAUGAGCGGAGUUGACGAGCAUUUUGCAUGGGUUCUAGGAAAUCCCGGUGGAACAGAGGAGUGCAAUGGUAAAUGGAAGGAGUUCAGGCUCAGUUUCGAAUGUGUUGUAUCUCCUUGA